CAUAUCUGGCUUGGCCGUCAUAUUCACAUAUUCCUUUUCCCCACUCCUUUGGGACUCCCGAGUAAUCCUGACCAGAUCCCCCCACUAUGUCGAAGUCUAUCACGGCCCUUCGACAGCCUCGAGCUCCUGAGACCCAUUCCAUAGUCCCAAGACGGGACACUGCGGCAAAGGAACAGCCCGAGACGAUCCUGUCCGAACGACCGAGCCAUGUGCAGACGCAGUACGGAGGGAAUGACAAUCCUGGCGUCCUGCAGGUAUUUCCGCCGGCAUGGUUGCCCUACCUGCAGCUUGUUCGCCUUUGGCCCCCGGCCGCACUGCUGCUGAUUUUCUUCCCGCACGGAUUUGGCAUCCUGCAUGCCGCGAUUCGGACGCAGGCUUCCCUGGGAGAUGUCGUCCGAGCUAGCAUUGUGAUCUUUGGGGGCUGUUUCUUCUGCUCCAAUGCCGCACACACCUGGAACGAUCUGGUCGACGCACGCUUGGAUGCUCAGGUCGAACGGACCCGACGACGGCCCAUCCCCCGUGGCGCCAUCACCCCGACGGCAGCUCUUCUCUUUGGGGCUACGCAGGUACUCGGUGCGGUGCUCCUGCUGACGUGCCUGCCAUUUGGGCUGUGGGUCAAUGGAUUGUAUGCAACCCCCAAUAUUAUUAGCACGAGCUAUUACCCGUUCGCCAAGCGUCACACCCAUUUGCCCCAACUCGUGCUGGGGUUCUGUCUUGCAUGGGGGGUGGUAAUGGGAGAGGUAGCGAUGGGCGUGCAGCCCCUGUCGUAUUCCCCGCAGACGGGCGAGGUAAGUCUCGACCCGUCGGUGUUCUGCCUGGUGACGGGCACAGCCGUCUGGGCGCUCAUCUACGACACCAUCUACGCGCAUCAAGACCUUCAGGCUGAUCUUCGCGUCGGAAUCAAGAGUCUGGCGGUGUUGCUGCAAGAAAGGAGCAAAAUAGUGCUGUGGCUCGCGCUGGCCCUCAUGACGGGACUCCUGGUGCAGGCCGGGCGGCUCAGCGGGCUCGGGAUUCCAUAUUACUUCCUUGCAGUGGGCGGGGGAAGUGCCUCGCUGGGACUGAUGAUCUGGCGCGUUAACCUACGCGACAGCCAGAACUGUUGGUGGUGGUUCAGCAAUGGGUUCUGGUGGACGGGUGGGGCGAUUGGAAUGGGCCUGUUGGCAGAAUAUUGCUGAAUGUCUCUGGAAAUGCACAUCAGACAUCCUUGGCAUCUUUAAGGCGAGCCGCCAGGGGCUGGCUAAAUAACAUACUUUUGUACCAACUUGUAGGGCAAUCAGCUUGUAG